AUGUACCAAAAAGGGCCACCUUUUCCACUUUUUUCCUACUUUCAGCUCAGUGUCAACAUUCACACGCAACGAUUAAAAAAAUUGCUUUGUGUGCUUUGCAAAUGUGUUUGCGCGUCUAUUACCAAUAUUACGGUAAGACACUGUGACGUAGCGGCACGCCUCCAAGUUGGAAGGACGCCAGCCAGCCGGGCUUUGAGGCACCAAGGACGGCUUGACAGAAUGACAGAACCGGCAGCUGCCGUGCAGAGACCCACUCACCUUAACGGAGGCGUUUUCGGUCCUGCAGACAUUCAAUUACCAAGACCCCGAUCCAGUGUCUCCUUCCUCAUGUCGAACCACCAACGAGACAACGGUUGUGUGGGCUCAGCCGAUUCCAAGAAAGCAGAUGUGAGGGUGAAUGAGAAAAAAUGCUCAUGGGCCUCUUACAUGACAAAUUCUCCCACGGUGAUCGUGAUGAUUGGCCUGCCUGCCAGAGGGAAGACGUACAUGUCCAAAAAGCUCACGCGGUACCUCAACUGGAUCGGAGUUCCCACCAAAGUGUUUAACCUGGGCGUGUACCGCAGGGAGGCCGUCAGAGCCUACAAGUCCUACGACUUUUUCCGCCACGACAACGAGGAGGCCAUGAAGAUCAGGAAGCAGUGCGCUCUGGUGGCCCUGCAGGAUGUGAAGGUGUACCUUACAGACGAGGGAGGUCAGAUUGCUGUUUUUGACGCAACCAACACAACGAGAGAGCGCCGAGACCUUAUUCAAGAGUUUGUGAAGGAGAAUGCAUUUAAGGUGUUCUUUGUGGAGUCAGUAUGUGACGACCCUGAGGUCAUUGCUGCUAAUAUCAUGGAAGUUAAGGUGUCCAGUCCGGACUACCCCGAGAGGCACCGGGAGAGGGUCAUGGAUGACUUCCUGAAACGCAUAGAGUGCUACAAGGUGACUUACCAGCCACUGGAUCCUGAUGAUUAUGACAAGGACCUGUCUUUCAUCAAGGUGAUGAACGUGGGCCGGCGGUUCUUGGUAAAUCGGGUGCAAGACUACAUCCAGAGUAAAAUCGUCUACUACCUCAUGAACAUCCACGUACACUCGCACUCCAUCUACCUGUGUCGUCACGGCGAGAGCAACCACAACGUUGAGGGUCGCAUCGGGGGAGAUGCCGAACUUUCUCCUCGUGGGAAACAGUUCGCCUGUGCCCUUCGUGACUUCAUCGAGGAGCAUGAGCUGUCAGACCUGAAGGUGUGGACAAGCCAGCUGAGACGCACCAUUCAGACGGCAGAGGAGCUGGCUGUCCCCUACGAGCAGUGGAAGAUUCUCAAUGAAAUUGACGCGGGUGUGUGCGAGGAAAUGACCUACGAGAUGAUCCAGAGGGCGUUCCCAGAGGAGUUUGCUUUGAGGGACCAGGACAAAUAUCACUACCGCUACCCAGGGGGCGAGUCGUACCAGGAUCUGGUCCAGCGCCUGGAGCCAGCCAUCAUGGAGCUGGAGAGGCAAGGCAAUGUUCUGGUCAUCUGCCACCAGGCGGUCAUGCGCUGUCUUCUGGCCUACUUCCUGGAUAAAAGUGCAGAGGAUCUGCCCUACAUGAAAUGUCCGCUGCACACCAUCCUCAAACUCACCCCCGUGGCAUAUGGCUGUAAGGUGGAAAUGUUUUAUCUCAACGUGGAGGCGGUCAACACGCAUCGGGAUCGGCCUCUUGCUAAAAUGGCAAAGGAAUCUGCUCUUUUACUGCGGAGGAAUAGUUACACACCCUUGUCCAGUCACGACCAGGUCAAGCGUCCCAGGCUGUACAGCGCUGGCAACCAGCCCUGGCUGCCACUUGCCCCCACCCCGUCGGCUCUGAUGCCUGAUGGCCGGCCGAGCCAAGUCUGCCUGUGUGAAGGAAUCCACUUUGACAGCCCUGAUGAAACGAGCGGCUGCAUCCGCUUUUGAGUGAAGACCAAUUGUGACCAUCUAAAUAGAAGAGCAAAUGCAGCCACUGGCCGCAACAUUAAAACACCUGCACAUCCCAAAUGAGAUGAGAGCACAGAUUUAUUUGGAAUAUGUUGGCAUUUUGUGGGUUUGCUGUGUCGGUUUUCUACAAAAAUUACAGUAAACUAUAUUCCAGUCAACCUCCCAGUUGGUUCAAAUAUCCAAAUCAUGUUUCCUAUGGCAGAAAAUGGAACUAGUCUGCCCCAGAGUCAAAAUGCUGCCAUCAUUAAACCUUUAUUGACAGUACAAGUUUUAAGUAACAUUUACGAUCAUACAAGUGUUAAAGGAAGAGGUAUGCUUCAGGGAAUGUUAAUUUUUUUUUUUUUUUUUAUCGAUUUCAGACUGAUGAAACUGUAAUAAACCAGAUUCAUCAAUAGGUGGCACAGCUGCACUUUUGACUGUGCUGUCAUCAAUUUACAUGACAAACCUACAGCCAUGUAUUUUUGCCAUGCAUCUCACAGAAAAUGCAGGUGGUCCUCAAUUUACAACGUUUUGUGGUUAUGGAAUUUUGGUCGAUGAACUACUUACAGCGGAUGUGAUGGAAUAAUGCGAGCUGUGCAUGGCUCAAGAAAGCAUUUUGUGCUUCACACACGGCGGAAGGCUAGUGUGUUUACCUGCGCAGCUAACUUUUUUGCGCAUCAUGUCUCCCGAGCGGCGUCAUACCCUGAGGACCACCUGCAUGUGUGCCUAUUGGAAUGGCCAGUGAAUGUGUCAUGGUCAUAUGAAAUGAAGGAAUCAGUCAAGGAACAAAUGCUGCAAUUUCAUAUAUUUGUUUGCAUGCUCAUUCCAAGAAAAGGAUGACUUAUCGGUAUUAUAAACAUGUGCAAACAAAUGGGCAGUGUACAGUAUUUAAGAGCUAUAGUCAUGGAGACUUAAAGAAAAUAUUUUUUCUUCAUAUUUUAGAGGAUUGUGGAGGGUUGAAAAUGCCUUUGUAGAUGCUAGUAUAAUUACGUUUUUUCUUGGACUUCUCUACAAAAAGCAUGUAGAAUGUGUGCUCGUUAUAUUGAAUACACGUGUUGAUUUACGUAUAUUUGGACGGUUGUACCCCCUUAUGGAUGGUGGAUCAUGGAGGGAUGCCGAUUUGUGCCUUUUUAGCUAAUAAAAGGGAACCUUAUUGAAUUUUGUACCAUAAAAUGAGCAGUUGUCUUUGCACCAAGUGGAGUGACGCAAAGCUGUUAUUUUGCACACAAACAUACAUGUUUGUGUUCAUUGUUUUAUGGCCGUGUUUAAA